AUGCCUAUUCCCCUCCAGGUCGCCUACAAACCUAUCUCCAAGCCCGAGAAAGACGUCAAUAACUACCAAGGCUUCACACCCGGCAAGACCGAAACUUUGCGAAAAGGCGCCAAUCCGUACAAUGCGCGCCCUCUUCAGUCCGAUAUCUGCAUAGACCACGAUAUCGAAAUCAAGGUUCGCGAUGGCUGCCGUUUAUAUGCCGACAUCUACCGCCCCGCGGAUGUACCUGAGGACGAGAAGCUUCCAGCAGUCAUAAGCUGGUCAUGCUAUGGCAAGAAGUACUCUGCAUUGCAUAUGCUACCCAUCUGCGUGUGGAAUUGUUGCGUACCAAGGGAAGCGCUCAGUGGACUUGAGAAGUUUGAGGGGCUCGACCCCGUGGUUUGGUGUCCGCGUGGUUACGCUAUCGUUUCGGUAGAUUCACGAGGAACGGGCAAUUCGGACGGGUCAAUACCGAUCAUGGGAUCUCAAGAUGCGGAAGACUGUUACGAUGUUAUCGAGGCGAUUGCUGCUAUGCCAUGGUCAAAUGGAAAGAUUGGCAUGGCAGGUAACUCGGCGCUAGCUAUCAUCCAAUGGCAUGUGGCAAGUCUUCGGCCACCGCACCUCGCAGCUAUCGCUCCUUGGGAAGGCUCUGCUGACAUAUAUCGAGAGCAAUUCGUCCGUGGCGGGGUGUUUAACAUGUCGAAUUUCGAUUUGAUAACCCACUACAUCAUCAAGACAAACAAUCCUGGUGGGGGUGUUGAAGACUUCGCGGAAAUGUAUCGCAGAUCACCGGUAUCCAAUGUGUACUGGGAAGACAAGCGUGCGGACAUCUCCAAGAUCGAGGUCCCUGUGUUCAUUAGCGGUAGUGACUUCAGCAGUAUUCACACCAUGGGAUCUAUCCGGGGAUGGUUGGAAUUGUCACAUCACACUAAAUGGAUACGGUGGAGUUCCUAUCAGGAGUGGUAUGAGCUUUACUGCGUACCAUCUGCCGACAAAGAGCUACACAGGUAUUUUGACAGGUUCUUACGCGGCGAGGAUAACGACUGGGAUAAGACGCCAAAAGUGCGGUGGACGGCCCUGCAGUUUGGCGAUCGCGAAGCUAUCGACGACAUCGAGUUUGCUGACUUCCCUAUCCCUGGUACUCAAUACCGCGAGUUUUUCUUGUCCCAGGGCGGCUUGGAGAAAAAAGCAAUAUCUGCGGCUGCAGUCGUCACCUACGAUUCUACUUCCACAACCUCGAUUGCCGAAUUUUCCUACACAUUCCCACAGCGCUCGCGCCUGAUUGGUCUCCCUAAAGCUGUUCUAUACAUGUCAUCCAAGGAACAUAACGAUAUGAACGUCUAUGUCAUCCUCCGAAAGCGGGACAAGAAUGGCAAACUCUUGAUGCACUUAUGUUUCCCAUUCUCCGCCGUUCCCACGGGCAUCAAAAGCAUCGACGAGAUCCCAGAGAAAGAUCGACAGAGCUUGAACUUGCACCCUGGAAGUGUCGGUAUGCUACGAGCAAGUCACCGCAAGUUUGACCCGGAAAGGUCCAUUCACCCGCAGUUUCCCUUCCAUCCGCACGAUGUUGAGGAGAAGAUAGAGCCGGGCCAUGUGGUAAAGUUGGAGAUUGGGAUCUGGUCUAUGGGUGUUGACUUUGAUGAGGGAGAGAUUAUCAGCGUGCAAAUCGGUGGGUCGUUUCCCGGUAUUGCAGAGUACUCGGCGUUCUCGAAACCUCGGCCAGAAGAGGAGAAGAACAAGGGUAUACAUCGCAUCCAUGUUGGGCCUGACACGCCUAGCAAGAUUAUCUUACCGUUUGUGCCGAUGUAG